CAAAAUAGUAAAAUUUGAUGAAAUGUCAGGUCAGUGCCGUCAGUGCGGCAUAGUGCAGUUUUUAAAUGAAUUUUUUCAAACAAGACAUUCUAUGACAAAAUAUCAGAUUAGGUUUUCAAUUUAUGUAAAGUGUUUAAUAUCAAAAGCUUCGAUUUUAUAAGCACUUUUUAUAGAUUACAAUAUAUACCUUCUUGUAUUGCAACAUCAUAGACCAUUUAUUUUUGUUUUUAUUGCCGUAAAAUGUUGCUUUUUAUCAUAAAAUUAUGAAUGUUGAUUUCGAUAUUGUCUACCAGACAGAAUGAAAAAUUAACAGAAUGUUCGGGCUCAGAGCUUUGGUUAUUUAUGGAGCAUUCUUAUCCUCUUGCUUUUUUGUCCUAAUUUUAUAUAUUCUUGGCACGGCACAUUACUUAAUAUCUCAUGAAAAAAACACUUGUGAGAUGACAUAUAUGUUUGAAUAUCCUCAAUAUGUGCGGAUAGCACUCAAUGAGGAUUUAGAGAAUCGCUUUCCCAGAUUUGGAUUAUAUGCCUACGGGGAAGGUUUUGUAACUGAAAAGAUCCGUAGAAUGAAAUUCUCUGGGAUUCCUGUUCUUUUUAUUCCAGGAAAUGCUGGUUCCCACGAGCAAGUGCGUUCUCUGGCUUCAGUUAGUUUGAGAAAAAGUUUAGAAGAUAGAACUCCGUUCCAUUUUGAUUAUUUUGCCGCGCACCUUGGCAAAGAUUAUUCGGCUUUGUACGGAGGUGUCUUAAUGGAGGAAACAGAAUAUGUAUCUCAUUGUAUAGAAAGAGUCCUCCAAUUGUACAAAGGCAGAAUUGGCAAUGUUGUUAUAAUUGGACACUCAAUGGGUGGAAUCAUAGCCAAGGGUGCGCUUCUCAUGAUGCCAAAUAUCAACGCAAGUUUCGCGAGUAUUUUAAUCACAUUAGCAGCCCCUCAUACUCCUUCCUUAGUUUUUGAUCGCACGUUUGCAAACUACUAUCAUAGUCUAGACAAUUUAAUGCCUCAACUCAAGAAUGCAGACGUUAGUGUAAUUUCAAUAGGAGGUGGACCGAAGGAUAUUCUAGUGACCUCUGCCCAGACAGUAGAUCCUACCGCCGAUCUGAAUCUUCUUUCUAACAGUAUUCCCGAUGUGUGGCGAAGUACGGACCAUUUGUGUAUUCUGUGGUGUAAGCAAUUGGUCCUUUCAAUAGUUCGCGCUCUUUUUGAUAGCGUGGAUAUUGCAGCCCGACCUCCAGCAAUUGCUUCAGAUCCUGAUAAAAAAAUGAGGGCUUUGUCCUAUCAUUUUCUAGAGCGUCAUUCAGGAAAACACUCGAGAUAUUAUAAAGAAAAAACUCACUUCGAAUCAGGUGGAAUUUGGAUAGAAGACAUUCGUAGACAAUAUGAAUGGAGUGGCAAAAGUAUCACUGAUGAAAAAACAGAAAAAUCUGUUGUAUACCUUAUGAUCAGGUUCACUGAUUUCGCCAAUCAUUUAACCAUUCAGGCCUUGAAUUUAGACAGCAAAGAUUGGCUUUUUGCCUGUUCUGCAUCCAGCAUCGAAGGCCACUCGCGAGUCUGCGAAUGGGGCUGGAAUUUAUCGAAUCGAUCAAAAAUACUGCCCGACUCAAUUUAUCGUCGUAGAAAAAUCGUAGAUUUAAGUUUAGAUGAAAUUAAACCUUUGAAGUGUUCACACAUAGUAGUACGAAUUCCACCUGGUAAGGAGAGAAAAUAUGUAAAUGUUCAAGUCGACAUGCAUUCUCGAUCAUCUCGAGUUCUAAACUUCGACGAGAAGACUUCUCUCCUCGGUGCUUUUUUUCUUCCCAGGAAGUCGAUGAAUGUAAAAAUAGCACGUGGAGAUAUUCGACAUUAUGUGAAGCUAUCAGGAAUUAUGGAUGCUGUUUCUGCAGAGCUUAAAAUUUUAGAAUGUGUAGACGUAUCGCAAUCGCUUUGCGGAAUAGCAGAAUUGAUAGAACCCUGGAAUAUAGGAGCAAGUCAACUCAUUUUUAUGACUUGUAGCAAUAACGCAGGAUCGAAGACUUUGCACAUUCAAACAAAACCUGGAGAACAGAAUAGGAAUCCUCCAGAAUUAAGACUUUCCUUGGAUUCCACGUGUUCCUACAGUUUAAGUGUCCAAAGAGCAUCCAUAGUGGAAAGAAUUGCUUGUGUAGUUCGAGACCGGUGGGCAAUUCUUUAUCCCAUAUUGAUUGCUUUAUUAUUAUUGACAGUCGCCGUGAAAUUCGACGACAAUCGAGAUUCUUUCCUAACUACGGGAGUAACUGUGAUUCUUUGUGUUGCACUAGGCAUCAUUUUGGAAACCUGUGUUUCUUUUGUAAUUUUACAUAUAUUGGCUAUCAGCAUUAGCUGCUCAGUCAUUUUUCUCGGUUCGGUGGCGCACAACAUAGCAGUGAGAUUUUUAGCACGUGCGAUAGCAUUUUCAACCACUUGGUCCGAUUGGUUGCUCGGAGGAUUAAGUCAGCUGCCUAUUGUGACGACAAUAAUUGUCAUCUCAAUUAUACCAGCCACAUGUGGAGCCCUCGCAAUGAUAGUUUCCGUCUUUUUGCAGUUUUUAAAAUUAACUCAAAUGUACGAGGACUAUUUAGAAGAGUUGUUUUUAUCAUCAUUGCGACAUUUUAAUUUGAUCAGACGGCGCAGUGAUCGUCCACACAAUGAGGAAAAGGAGGACACACGACAAAAAAUACUCAAUCAGAUGAUUCUCUUUUUAGUUUGGAAUUUCACAGCAGUGCCUGCCAUUCCGUCGGUUCUUGUCUGGGCUAAAAAUUUCAGUUAUAGUACGAGAUUAACUACAGAAGAUCCAGUAUUGCUUUAUAGCUGGAUUGCUUUAGUAGGCUGUGGAACAAUGGGGCUUGUGCAAAUCCCGUGCAAAAGUGAGAGCAAGGUGGCUCGUUCCAUAUCAUUUUUACUGCGAGGUAUCGCGUGGAUGAUUAUUUGCACCACCGCCACUCCGGAUCCAUUUUUUUAUCAGUGGCUUUUGCCACCUUUCGUCGCUGUUUCCAUGACAUUAAUAUCAAUUAGUGCAUUAAUAUUUUGACAAGGCUUUUAAAUUAUUGACUCUAAAUCAAAAUGCUCAAUUUAGGAAGAGUGCAAGACUGGAAAAUUUAGUCAUUUUUAGUGCUAUUAAAUUUGUUAAAUGUUGUUAUGUAAUCAUUAAAUUAUGUCUUGCGACUAAAUUAUUCUUAUACGGAGAAUCCUUUCAAUUCUU